AUGCUCCGGGAAGAGCUUCUCCAGUCUAAGAACGAUGAGAUCGCACGCUGUUUGUUGUCGCGGAAGCGCAAAUUGAAUGAGCUCUACUUUGCGACCGUAGGCUUCGCGGGCACGACCGGGAACGAUCCUUUCUAUCACCAAAACGAACAGGCGUUCCUUGACGCCAAUGAUCUGUCCAAAGGGCGCUACUUUAAUGAAGCUACUCUUCCGCCAUUCCCUAAUUAUGCAGCAAUUCGGCAACGCGAGAUCAAGGAAGCUGGACCGGCUGCUGAGACGCCAUCUGAAGCUCACAGUACCGCUCCCAUUAGCCCACCAUCAGCAGGAGAGUCCUCUGCUCCCCAGGCUGUUACUAGCACCGACCGACAGAAGUUAGAAGUCCAGCAACUACCCGAACAGCAACCUCCUGCUCCUGGAAUAGAGCAAUUGAAAUCGGCGCAACCUCUUAGCCAACCUACGCCAAAUAUUACAUCCGGAUCCGACCGCGGCCUUGAUGCGACAACGCCAGUGGCUGGCGUUUCCGCUGAAUUGCCAGUUUCUGAUGAAAAAUUGGACCAGUCUGUACCGGAAACGCCGAAGAGCAGCCGGGGUCAGGAUUCCGCGGCAGCUAGUAUUUCACCAGCCCAGUCGAAGCCGGAUCAUGUCGUUCGUGUUGCCCCUGGGAGCACUGAGGUGCCGACCUUCCAAAAUGAUCAGGAGAAACAGCAGCAGGCCGGGCGCCAAGUUCAUGUCACGGAACAGCCGCUUUCUCCUGCUUCCUCUGCUGGGCUGUACUCCAGCAACACCCCUGUCCCGGCUGUCGCGUCUCCUGAUACCAGCCCUGGGGAAGAUGCGACCGAACCAGUGGAUAAGGCUGUCCCGAAACCAAUCCAUGAAGAGUCUGCCCAAGCUCCUCCGACUUUGGUUCCAUCAACGCCGGAUGAACAACUACGAUUAGAGGAGGCCCAGUCACUUCAACAAAGCACUCUAGCGGCGAGUAGGUCUAUUGGGGAUAGGGGUGACUCUUUGCCUUCGACAAGUGAAAUAAUCCAGGAGAACGUUGCUUCACCAACUGGCCCUAAAGAUUCAUUAAAAGGGCCCAAGGAAUCGAUUGCGGCACCUGUACCUCCUGAGGAGAAGACCCCAGUCGGUAAAGCCGAGACCGUUCAGGAACCUCCGGCACCAAUGCAACACCAAAAUGUGCCGACUGCAUUCCAAGUCGAAGCAGUAACAAGUCCAGAGACUCCGGUAUCGAAGAAAGACUCGUUCCCAAUUCAUCCACCAACAUCAAGACCAGAGAGAAUGACAACUAGGGUGUCUUCGGGUGCUAUCCGCCAUAAGUCGGUUUCUGAGAUCCUUGGUGAAACGCCGAAACUGGCUGUACCGCAGUCCGAAAAGGGCCAUGCCAGCGAAAGACCCGUGGAGACGAUACGAACUGCAUCGGAUGCUCUUGCCAACUCUGCAGCGAAGAUGCGCCUCAAGGAUAGAAGAGCACGAGAAAGGGAACGGAGUAAACUGUCCACAGUUGUAUUCCCGAAGCAACCACAGCAGCCACAAGACAAAAACGACUCGAUGGAUCUUAUUCGUCAGCACGCUGGUGAGCUUGCCAGGAUAAACGAAGAACAGGACUACCUUUACAUUCUGUUCCAGAAUAGGGCAUAUACACCCCCUCGAGGCUCGGCCCUCAGCACGCUCUUAGCAUCUGCUCAUAAAACCCUUACUACUGAAAAUCACCUUUUGGAAUAUCAUGAGCAAAUGGACAGCCGUACCUUACGACGAAUUUAUGCACUACAGAAUGCGAACAGAUGGCCCUUGCGCCAAUUAAAGCGUUCGGUGGAACCUCCCCGGCAAGGAGCUCAUUGGGAUGUUCUUCUGGAUCAUAUGAAGUGGAUGCGUACCGAUUUUCGAGAAGAGCGAAAAUGGAAGAUCGCAGCGGCAAAGAGCUGUGCGGAUUGGUGUGCGGAGUACGUUAACAGCGAUUCAGAGCAUCGGUCGUUGUUGCGUUUUCAUGCGAGAAUUCCUCCCGAGAAAUCAACGGGGAAGACUUCACCCAAUUCCGAUAUGAUGUCGCCCCCAGAGGAUACCACUGAUGAAAUUAUUGCUGUGCCUCACCCUACACCAGACCUAGUCCCUUCGAUGGAAGACGACUCGCUUAGUGAGGGUUACAGCGACGAACCUCGCCAUGACCUACGCGAUACGAUAGCGCCUGCAGCUAUAUUUUCGCUUGGCUCGGACGAGUUCAAUUUCUCUCUUGACAUGACUCCGGCAGCCCAGAAGCUCUUGGAUGAAUUGCCAAUCUAUGCGCCUGUCAAGAUCGCGCCCGACACCAAUUUGCCGAUGUUUAAAGAGGCGCCUGAUGCUUCUUGGAAAACCGAGCUAUUACCUCUCUCAAAGUAUGUGUCUGGCAAGAUAGCUUUCCACGAUGAUGGACCGCCUCGGAAGCGUAGUCGGUAUGACUAUACGCAAUAUCAAUCCGACCCGGACCAUAAGAUGCUGGAGCUGCCUCCUGAGCAGACCAACGUAGCACUUUUCCGGCCUGAGAACAAGCAGUUGCGUGACCGUAUCCACCCAGGCCAUAGUUUCAGACCACCGACUGAAUAUAGUAUGCCCUUGGUUGGUUUCUUCGAGUCGAGACAAUCAUCUCAAUGGACCUAUGCAGAGGAUGAUGAACUACGUCGUCUUGUGAAGGAAUAUUCCUACAACUGGUCAUUAAUAUCAAGUUCGCUUACUCCUCCGUCCCAAUUUAUUUCUGGGGCGGAGAGAAGGACCCCUUGGGAAUGUUUUGAGCGAUGGGUUGGACUGGAAGGACUGCCAACGGAUAUGGCGAAGACCCAAUACUUCCGAGCUUAUCACCAAAGAUUGGAAACUGCACAGCGCACCGUGUUGGCGCAGCAGGCAGCUCAACAACAACAACAGCAGCAGCAGCAGCAGCAACAGCAGCAGCAGGGCAAUAACAAUCCACAGGCAGUACCGCCAGUUCGGAGGAGGACCACGCAGCCCGUUCGCGUUGAUCGAAGAAGAUCUUCUAAACACCUAGCAUUGCUCGACGCUAUGCGAAAGUUAGCUAAGAAGCGUGAAACGAUGCUUCAAAAGCAACAGCACGCCUCCCAAUUGGCUUCAUUGAGAAAAGUUAAUGAGGCAAAUCAACCGAAACCUCCACUUUCGACACCGGCUGAAUUUAGUCGGCUGAAGUAUGAGCGGGAACUAAAGCUGCAGGAGAGACAAGAGCAGUACCGACAGCAAAUGAUUGCCCAGCAAAGAGCAAACCUAGCUCAGCGCGCUGGCCAGAUGCCUAACCAGCAGCAAAUGAUGAAUGCUCCCGGGCGGAAUCAGAACGGUAUGCCUAAUAACAGCAGUACUAAUCCUGGAACUCCUUCUAUGCCCAGUGGCACACCGAACGGGAUGCCAGCCGCUGUUGGCGUCAAUCAAGGACGACCUCCUGUGCAAGGAAUACCUGCUGGGGGGCCUGUCAAUAGUCCGGUGCCUCCAAACCCUAUGGCAAUGAAGAUGAUGCCACAGACUGGGAUGCCACAGAACAAUGGGACUCGUCCUGGACUGCCAAUGCAGACGUCUCCAGAUAAUACGCGAGUUAUUCGCGAAGCCAAUCGCCUUCAAGAGCAGCAGCGUGUUUUACAGUCUAGACAGCCACAACCGCAGCAGCAACCGCAGCAGUCGCACCAACAGCCUCAACCUCAACAGGCUCAGCAACAGUUCCACAGUCAGCAGCAAUUUGUACCGCAGGGAUCUCAUUCCCCAAACAUGAACAUGUCCAACGCUAAUGGGGCUACAAACAAUCCUGCUAUUAUGGCCGCUUUCCAAGCUGGAGGUGGCAUGCAAAGUCCCUCCUUCCACAACGCCACACCCCAAGGGGUUUCUACUCCCUCUCCCCGCAUGGGUCAGCCUAACCUCCUGUCGAACGGUGUUGUCCCGACCAUUAGUACCAUCCAAAAUCAGAUCCAGAGGAGCAACCCGAAUAUGCCCCUUGAGCAAGUGAACAGGAUCGCUACAGAACGCUUAAAUCAAUACCAGCAGCAGCGCAUGUCCCAAGUUGCUAUGAACGCCGCUGCAGGUAAUAUCGGUACUGUCCAGGCCAAUUACCAGGUGCCUCACGAUGGGAGUUUCCAAACACCACCGCAACCUGGCAUGGCCGGCGGUCCCGGAAUGCAAGUACCACAAGCACAGGGGUAUUCUCCCAUGAUGCGUGUUGCGCAAAACGCGCAGCAAAGUCGUGUGGGUGUCGGAAGCUCUCCAGCCAUGAAUGGGACCGUUCAGCCUAGUCGAAGCGCCACCCCACAAACCCAACGCAGUGGUAGCACUCAGGCUGGCCCCAUGCCUGGUUCGAGCAAGAGCCCGAAUCCGCCACAGGCUCAGACCGCUGGCAGCUAG